AUGGGUGGUAUCCUUCACCUGGUCGAGGACCGACCGACCCCUCCCUCGGUCUACAACUGGCGGGUUUACGUGCUCGCCCUCAUUGCAUCAUGCGGCUCUAACAUGAUCGGUUAUACGAGUGCUUUCAUCGGCACAACGGUUACGCUCACCUCCUUCAAGGAAGAGUUUGGUCUACAGAAGAUGACAUCGGCCGAACGGUCCUUAAUCAGCGAGAACAUCGUCUCCCUUUUCAUUGCCGGUGCGUUUUUCGGUGCGCUCGGUACCUAUUUCCUGAGCCACUGGGUGGGACGCAAGUGGUGUUUGGCUAUCGCCUCCGCAAUCUUCUCUCUGGGAGCGGGUUUACAGUGUGGUGCCAACUCUUCUCGGGGACUCGGAAUCCUAUACGCUGGCCGUGUUCUCUCGGGACUGGGCACCGGUGUUGCCUCGAACAUCAUUCCCAUCUACCUCUCCGAGCUUGCACCUCCCGCGAUUCGAGGCCGUUUAGUCGGUCUGUAUGAACUUGGUUGGCAGAUUGGUGGCCUCGUCGGCUUCUGGAUUAACUAUGGUGUCGAAUUGCAUGUUGCCAUUAGCCGCAAACAGUGGAUUAUCCCCUUUGCCAUUCAACUGAUUCCUGCUGGUUUGCUCUUCGCUGGCUCUAUUUGGAUUCGGGAGUCUCCUCGCUGGCUCUUUCUCCAUGAUCAACGCAAGAAGGCGAUGGAGAACCUAUGCUGGAUUCGUCAAUGCCAGGCUACCGACAUCUAUAUCACCGAGGAAGUUGCUGCCAUUGACCAGGCACAUGAGGCCCAGAAGACCGUCGUCGGUCUCGGCCUUUGGAAGCCCUUCCAGGCCCUUGCCAAGCGCCCCAACAUGCAGUGGCGUCUUUUCUUGGGAUGUAUGCUCUUCUUCUGGCAGAAUGGAUCCGGUAUCAAUGCCAUCAACUACUAUUCCCCUACCAUCUUCUCGAGCAUUGGUGUUUCAAACGUGAACGUCAUGACUGGAAUCUUUGGUGUCAUUAAGGCCGUUAUGACUUUUGUGUGGUUGCUUUUCCUGGUUGAUCAACUGGGACGCCGCAAGCUUCUCCUCAUCGGUGGUAUCACUGGUUCCAUCUGCAUGUGGAUCAUUGGCGCCUACAUCUACGUUGUUGAGCCUGAGAAGAACCCUUCGGACACUCUCCAGCCGACUGGCAUCAUGGCCAUCGUCUUCUUUUACCUCUGGACUGCUGUGUACACACCCACUUGGAAUGGUACUCCGUGGGUCAUCAACUCCGAAUUUUUCGACCCCAACUUCCGUUCCAUGGCCCAGGCCUUCACCACCAGCAGCAACUGGCUUUUCAACUUCCUUGUCUCACGUUUCACUGAGCAAAUGUUCGAGGCUAUGGGCUAUGGCGUAUACUUCUUCUUCGCCUCCUUGUCCUUCCUUGCAUUCUUCUUCGCCUUCUUCCUGAUUCCCGAGACCAGUGGUAUCCCUCUGGAGAAGGUUGAGCGUCUGUUCCGGGUCAAGCCUAUCUGGCGCGCGAACAAGAUCAUCAAGGCCGAAUUGAAGGAGGAGGAGGAGCAAUUCCGAUUUGAGAUCAAAGAUGGUGCCGUCCACCAAGAGAACCGAGAGGAGUCUGAUGAGCCUUAA